ACUCCCCCAGUCAUGGCGGACGACUUGGAUGCCCUGCCACAGGUUCCCGAGUCAUGUUUGGACACAUUACCGAGCGAUCACAGGACAUUUGGCAGUGGUAUAGACCCAGGAGCUGUGGGUGCAAUCAGCGCUCACGUUGAGGACGAGUACUACCCUCAAAUACACAACAAGAACGUUUGCUACAUCUUCAACAACAGGAACCCUUUUCAAAAGAUGAGCAACGAGGAAGAGGAUGUGGAGCACUUAAGGCAGAGCUUAAUUUCUCUAAAUUUCCAAUGCACCUUGUUCAACGACAAGACGGCCAUGGAAAUAUAUGACGCUCUUAUAGAAGUUGCUAGUACUGUGAAUAAUGUGGACUGUUUCAUCUGCUGGAUCAUCACGUACGGGGAUAAACAUUGUCUGUACGCUGGAGAGCCACUGGAAUUGGAUCGACUGGUCAGUCCGUUCACCGGUGAUGUCUGUCCCAGCCUAUUCGGGAAACCUAAGCUGUUCUUUUUCCAAGCUAUAACGAGUGACCGAGAACCUGACACCUUGGACAUGUCGGAAAUAUUGAGAGAAACUUAUCGGAUACCAGCUGUGGCUGAUUUCUGCUUCCUCUUCUCCAGUCCCCCAGGAUACUUGGAAUGCGGCGUAUCGCAGUUGGUUCGCAUUGUUUCCGAUGUAAUGGAUGCAGCUAUUCCAGGAGAACCCGGAUACAUGGACCUCUCUACUCUCUGGACGCUGGUAGCUCAACGAGCAGAGGGGAACCAGCAAAUUCCUUGUCUCAUGUCCACACUCACGAGGCACGUCAAGUUUUCCAAGCGAUCAACGUCACUCAGAUGAACGAGUCUCGCUCCAAACUUGGAACAUACCUGCACACGAGAACAAAUUCAUAAUUCCACUUGAAAAUAACGCAGCAAUACGGACACAGGACAACAGCGUACUUAUAAGUUGUUGGAAUUUAUGGGAAAACAUUCUUACAUGUAACGUGUGUGCAUUCUAUUCUAUUCGAUUCACUUCAAUGGAUGCUGCGCUUAUACAUUUCCCAACUUGCUUCUUAAUGAGAUAGGCUUCGUAAAUCUCGGGUCGUCGAAUGUGUCCGCUAUUACUGUCUUAGGAAACAAUGGUGCACAUGCACAUUUUUUGACAAUGUACCGGCAGAUGGGUGGUACAUUUCUGGGCAUCAGAACGUGUCUGCCGGUUGGCCCGAUGUACUUUUUUCCACAUGACAGUGGGAUACGAUAAACAACCCUUGUCGACACUCCA